AUGGCCUCUCAAGACAUGUUUACUCUAGCCAAUGACAGUAAGUCCGUUGAAUCAUUAAGAGGUAUUGCAGAUGGCUUAGCACCAUCACACACAUUUAUCCCGAAUCGUGGCUAUGCGGACAAUGAUGCAUCCGCCCCCCGGAAGCUUGCCCUAGGCAAUGUCAUCCACGAGGAAGACGGUGAGGAGGAAGAACAAGAAGAAGCAGGUGAUGAUGACGGCUAUGAAUAUGAAGACGAGUAUCAGUCUGACAGGGCAGACGGAAUUCAACUCGUGGAUCCUGACCAACUUGCAUACUCAAAUCCUGCAGAUCUCACUAAGGCCUUCAACCGGCAGAGGCGACUAGAACAAGCACUUGCGGAUCCAAACGUCCCUCCCUCGCAAUACCCCAAAUUCAACACUCCGAAACUGCCUAAGGACGUUGACGAGGACGAGGAGGACGAAGCCGACGGCAGGAAACCCCGGGCAAACAUCGCGGGCCUGGAGCACACCCCCUUUCGCGAAACUUCCAAGGAUAGACUCAAGAAAGACAAAAGAGACCGAGCUACGAGAGAACAGGUACUUGACCCUAGGACCCAAAAAAUCCUGUUUCAAAUGAUCAGCUCCGGCAUAGUCUCCGAAAUCAACGGUACCAUCUCAGCCGGCAAAGAGGCCAAUGUCUACCACGCUGUUUGCACCUCUGACGAAGCCGAUACUCCAGACACACAUGUUGCUAUCAAAGUGUACAAGACCAGUAUUCUAGUCUUCAAAGACCGUGAGAAAUACGUCAGCGGUGAAUUCCGAUUCCGAAGAGGUUUCAAAUCUUCCGACAACCGCUCUAUGGUGAAAUUAUGGGCCGAGAAAGAGCUGCGCAACCUCAAGCGAAUCCAAGCAGCCGGCAUCCCCAGUCCUGAACCACUCUACCUUCGCCGCCACGUUCUCGGCAUGAGUUUCAUCGGCGAUUCCAAGGGAAACGCGGCACCCAGACUAAAGGACGUCGAAUUCACGGACCAUGAUGCGGCGGCCAAAUGGAGGGCGAUCUAUCUCGAAAUCAUUACUUAUAUGCGCAUCAUGCUGCAGAAAUGCAAGCUCAUCCAUGCAGAUUUGAGCGAGUACAACAUGCUCUACUACAAGAACACACCCUACAUCAUCGACGUGAGCCAAAGUGUCGAGGAAACCCAUCCUCACAGCCGAGAUUUUUUGCGUAUGGACAUCAAAAAUGUCAACGACUUCUUCCGCCGCAAGGGUGUCGACGUGCUCUCAGACAAGAAAAUAUACCAAUUCCUCACGAGACGAGCGGCCGACGGCACGGAAUCAGAAUUAAAACUCGACACGGUUCGCGCUGAGAUAGACAAAAUCAUGGCUCAGCGCACCGAUGUAGAGGACAGGGACGAAGAAGAUGAGGUCGAGAACGAAGUCUUCCGCAAGCAGUACAUCCCGCAAACGCUCGAAGAAGUGUACGACGCCGAAAAGGACCUGGAGAAGCUCCAAAUCGACGGCCGCGAUGCCCUCGUGUACAAGGACCUCCUCGCGCCAUUGAAAGAUGAAAAGCCACAGCAGCAGCAGCCGCCCAACUCAAGUCCUGCACCGGCGUCAACAGACACUGUGAACGACAACUGGGAAGACCAAGACGAUGACCCAGAUCAGGGCGCACCCCUCUCGCCCAUGCAUUCCCAUGUAGACUCCGAAGCUUCAAAAUCACAUUCCGACGACGCAGAUACCGAUACGGGCUCAGUAUCCACUUCUUCAUCCCGAUCCAGUCGGCCCCGAGGGAAACGGUUCCAAGACAAAGACGAGAAACGCGAACACAAGCGCAAAGUGAAAGACGAGAAGCGCGAGAAGCGCAGUAACAAGAUACGCAAGAAUGUCAAGAAGAGGUUGGUGAAGGAGACGAGUCGACAUAAACGUUAG